GGAGCUUACGACGAUACACACUAUCCGAAUGAUUCACGCCACUGAAGACUCUGGAAGCGCUGCAGACGUCGAUAGUGAUGAGGACACAUUACUAAAUGAUGUCAGUACCCAUGAAAGAAUUUACCGAAGAAAAAUGACUAAAUCAAUGUCCCGGAUAUUUCCAGCCAAGACUCUGGACAAAACCCGCAAUGAGACAAAAGCGAAGCGUGCAAAGACAUUAAGACAGGCUUCUGUGGAAGACAAAGAAGAUGCAACAAACCAUGGACACAACGAACAAGCUAACGAUAGGACAUCAGAGUCUGAAAAUCGUGUUGAAAUUUCCUUUAGAGUGUGGGAUCCUGACAGAGAGAGAAGACUCAAGCAAACAGCCACUAAAGGCGUUGUAAAGCUUUUCAAUGCCGUAAACAGACAGCAAAAAGAAAUGGAUUUGAAGCUUCGUGAAAGCAACACGGAAGCAAAGCGAGCUCGUGUUGUUCAGUCUGUCAGUAAUCAGGCACAUUUUGUGGACAUGUUGAAACACAAUGAUGUGAGAACAGUGAAACGAGAAAAACCUCAACAAGAGAAGACCAAGGAAGAGCCAGCAUGGGCUGUACUUCGGGAUGACUUUAUGAUGGCAGCAAAGAUGAGAGAUUGGGACAAAUGACAGAGCGAUAAGACACUGCAUAACUUAUUGGCUCAAGAUCUGUCUGUUGGCGACCUUGGAUUCGGGUUUUAUGCCUGAUUGACUUUUAGUUUACCUUGUUGCUCUUGUGGUGCACUAAAUGGUCCAGUUAGUGUUGGUCUUUCUUGACCAGUUACUGCCUAUUAUUGCAAAAUGCGAGUGAGGAGUUGGAUUUAAAGCUUACAGGUUACAUGAAAAAUGCUGCAGAAGUUGA